AUGAGUCAACAGCAUAAUAAUCAAGAAACCUCAGCGGAACGGAAUGCUCACCUUGAAAGAAGACAUAUAAGGGAUCGGUUACGUCAAGAAAGAGAAACCUCAGAAGAACACACCACCCCAACUGAACAGCUCCCAUUAAAUAAUAUUCAGGAAUUAACGCAAUAUGAUAGACAACUUUUAGGUGAAUUUCGUAAUUACAUGGCUAAACUCAAGAAUUUGCAUUGUUUCAUGUGUAAUAAAUAUUUUCCAACAAUCAAUCUUACUGGAAGUGAAUGUCAACGCUGUUAUAGUGAUAAAGAGCAAAUAAAAAAAUUCUCAUUAAAAAACAAUAUGGAUCCAGGGGAUUCUGAGGAUGGGUCAACAUUUAGAGAUUUUAAAGUUCACCGAAGAAAAGUUGCACAAGCACUACAAUGGCUAAAGGAAAAUAACACCUACUAUAGUAAUAUUACUAUUGAAAAUGAUGUGCUCCAAUUUUUAAAAAAAAUCAGUAUUAUUUUAGAACAAAUUCCACAGCUCAAUAAUAAUCAACCUAUUGACAAAAUAGAUCCUAAUAAUGUGAAUCUAAGUGUAAUUGAACAAGAAAGUGAUGAUUAUGAUGUAAUAACAAGUUCUUUUGUUCCAAUUUCUUCUCUCA